CGAUUUCAGGUUGUUUUCAGCUGGUAAACAGUGUACUAUUGAACGGAGCGAACGAUCAUGACGGAGAAUCAUCCAAACCCGCUUGCUUUCAUUCCUGACUAUGUGGAAAGAAAAGGAUCUCUCUUCUUACGAUCUGAUCACAUGGAUUAUGGCAGACCAACUCUUGUGUCGAACUGGUAAGUCGCUUACGAGCAAACGGUACUUGUCGCGUGCAGUUCGUUUCUUUAUUGUAACCAAGCUAUAUAUAAACAUUACUUUUGUUGUCACAAAAGAAAGGGGGAACCUAUAAUUCUUUUUUAUCGAUUUAAGGCCUAUUAAAUAAUACAUAUGAUUGAAAAAAGAUCUGCAUUUUCAAUUGGUGACAUGCUCGGUGGCAGGGAAGUUUGCGCGAGUUCCGAUGCUGGUUUCGUGUGCAUGUCGAAGUGAACGAUGCAUGUCUUGUUUAGAGAAAACUCUUUAUGGGGAAGCGUUUUAUUGUUCUAUCUUUAUACAUCAGCAAAUUGCUUCAGCUCGAAAUAUUGAAAAUAUAUCUAUUUUUCUCCGAAAGAUUUGCCAAUUAUUAGUUAAGUUGUACAUAGCUACUUGUGAUUAAUUGUGAUCUUUGCACUCGAUAGCUUAAAAGAGUAAACCUCCAUUGAUUUUAAAGUCACUCGUUGACCACCAGAAAUGAUCUAUACUUUCUUUCCCAACCUUUCCAACAUUUUGCGGUACUCUAAGACUUUCGUUGUCGCCAGUUUCAAAUAAUUAAGUCCGAGCGUGUGACUACAGUGUUUAUACACUGUAGUUACUAUCUGAACAAAAAUUUACAACCGGCUUUAACUUUUACUGGUAUUAAUCAACUUUCCUAUACUUAACAGGCAUCAAGCAAGGGAAGCUGAGCCCAAAGAAUAUGACAUCAAAGAUUACCAACCCGAAAAGAGGAACCUUCACAACUCCACAUACCAUCGCAUUGGAAAUGUCACAGAUGGGGUGAGAACACUCGAUUGGUUUAUCAACAUCUUUGCAUACAAGAUUCAUGAGGUUUUGCAAUCCCUUAUUUUCAUUUUUUCAUGCCCCUCACUAUCAAAUUUGUAUCUUUUAACAUUUCUCUCCCUUUUCCUGUCCUUCCUAAGUCUUUCUUUCCUCUCCUGCAACUCAUACCCGUUCUGCUCCCCAUUCUGUUGGGCUAGGCUUCUCCCCCUCCCCCAACCCAUGCCUCACCCCUUUUUUGAUUGGCUAAGACUCUCUUUAAUCUAAACUGUAAACAUCUAUAUUUUCUAUAUCUUUAAAAUUGUAAGGUUGUAAAUUUUCACUCAUUAAGGUACUUAAGAGACUUUCUAGACCAAAGCUGUUACAAGGCCUGACAACAUGAUCUAACUUGGAAUUUAAUUGAAAACUUGUAAUGCCUGCAGGGAUUUGCUUUAUGGUGUGUAUUUUGAUCUAAGAAUAACAUCAAUGUACUUUUAAAAUACUAUUUCUCUCCCCCAGUCUUUACCUGAUACAACCAGUCAUGACCAAAUGGAACAAGCAGUGAAGCUUAAAAGUGACUUUGAAACAAGAGAAACAAGACGGCAGAUGGUAGACAUGAACACUUUUAAAAGCGUUAAUUUCCAAAGGUGUGUAAUCAUCUAAUUAAAAAAUUUUAUAUAUUUAUAAAAACGGUUUUCUUCGUUACUCAGCUGUCAUCAUUCAAUAUUUAAGACUAAGGGAUGACCUAAAUGUACUUUGCAAACCAGUAAUCCUUCUUUUUCUAGUGCAUUGGCACACAUCAGUUUUGCCUGUCAGGUAAUAAUAUUGGUAUAUGACAGUGUAUGCUCAUGCAUAUAAAUUACAAAUAAAAUUAUAGUCUAUUGGCAGAUCACUACAUAUCCAAGAAAUUAUACAGGCAAAUUUAAGUUAUCUAGAACUGAUCUUAUACAAGUGUAAUUGUGUGGGUCUCGAAGUGCUUUUUGCAGACAUGAUGUUCAUAAAAUGUGGAAGGAUCAUACAAUUAUAGUUGUUUAUAUUUACUAACAAAAAUUUUACCUUUUUGCAAAUGAUUUUAUCGAAACAGAAUCAAAGGGUAUUAAGUUGUGAAGUUAAGAGGUUAUUAAUCCCUUCCAUCAGAUCCAUGAUGUAGGAAUAUUCAGUGAGUUGGGGUACUUAUGUAUCUGGGAUAAAAGUGUAUUAAGUUAGUUGGUUGUAUUUUUACUUCUGAUAUAGAGAUACUGGGGCACCUGAGAGAGGAUUUGGCAGUGUACUUCCAAGACAUCCACUUGACCAUGGAAAGAGGUAAAUUGUUGUUUCUUAAAUUCCACCUCUCCACUAUGCCUCCUUGCAGCAAAUUAUGAAGCUUUGCCUAAUUAGUGUCAAAGUAUAAAAAUUGGUAAAAAUUCCCCCUUAAAAUUAAGCUAAAAACUGGUAUAUUUUGAUGACUUCUCUUUCUUCGUUAAUGCUUUCCUGAUCUUUUGGAAACCAUGCUCAACAUAAAGAACAUAACAGUACCCGGUUUCAGACCAAAUGGUUGAAAAACCCCACCUUGUGCAACGGCAUAGCAGGUUCAAGGAGUGUACCCCCACUACUAUUUCCCACCCCUUCCACUCACUGAAUAAAUAUGUUGCGAUAGAACGUUUCACUCGUGCAUCGAGUCAAUCUAGAAAACAUAAUGCGAUUCAAAUACUUCCAUUUUAUUUUUGAUACCAAAGCGGAAAAAGCACAUGCAUGACUAUGUUUAACUCUUCACAGGUACCUUGACACCACAUAUAGAGUGGAUUACGACUCCCCGUACCCAUAUCAAACACAAAAGGUGACAUACUUCACUAGAUGUGAUAAACAUGAUGUGUUCGAGAUGCAUGCAUGUUACAUUAUAACACCCAGGUAUUUUGCGUGUAAUAACGUUCGCGCUGAUUAGUUCACAACGUGUUAACUCUUACCAGUUUCGCUCUUUCUUCGUUUUCGCCGUCGUCAGCAGCGACCAACAGAACAUGAGCGUCACAGAAAGCACUCAGUGGAUUCAAAAUCUGUGUUCAUGACAUGAUAAUUUUCAGUUAUUUCGUUAAUUCUAUGUUGUGAUUGUCGAGUUACAUUUGCUCUCGUUGAAAUUCUCAAACGCGUAUUAAACCACGCGUGUAUAACGACAAAUCCGAGUACGCGCGAGGCGAAAUCGAGGCAAAGCCGAAGGUGCUCAGUGAUAAAUGAAUUUUGCGCGCUCUCUAGGUCGUCUUUUAAGUCUUUCUUUUUGAGAAGGAAAGAUCUAAAUUGAAAUGAUCCUUUAGAGUACGUAAUGGUUUCUUUUUUUGCGUGUCAUAUGGAAUGUCCGCAUGCCUCCAAGUUAAAUCGUUAGAGACCGCACACACUUUGAUACCACGAAAAAGUGAUGAUUUUACAGGAAUUGCUUUAUCACUACAGUAACCCAUAAUCAAAGAGGAAUUCAACGAAGCCUUUGUUUAUUUAUUUAUUAAACUAUUGAUUCAUUUUUGUGACGAACCAAGUGGAAACACAAGCAAAAGUAGUCGAAAAAAUACGGAAGCAGUUUUCGAGUUCCAGCGCCAAAAAACAACAACUAAAAAAGAGAAAAACAUUUAAAAAGGUUUUUCUCCUGAUAUGAUUUCAUUUACAGCAAGAGUUGAAAACUCCUGCUGUUGUGAAAUCGAUUCAAGAGAACUAAACAGAAACACUCAAAAAACUAAUUCCAGGUAAAAAUCAUCAGUGAUCAACACUUGUGAUAAUUUCUCUCUCGCGUUUGGUCUUUCAAUAUCUACUGGUUCCUCACCAGACUCCUCCUCCAGAGCCCGAUCAGUCUGCACUUUGGCGGAAGUGCCACUCCCAGUUUACCGACGUGGACGACUACAGACGACACGGAACAAACACUUGGCAUGAUGAGUCAGGAAUUUACGCUAACACAGCUGUACGAGAGCAUGUUUUACAACCCACAAAUCCCAUUCCAGAACGACUUGGCUAAUGUGUAUGAAGUUACUUAGGAGAUGUUUUAGACUUUUUUUUAAUCAUGAUAAGCAAAGAUUUUAAUUAACAAUUUUAUUUUUAAAAUUCACGUCUUCCCCUUUUCUCAUUGAAUUGAUAAACUAAAAAUAAAGUGCAUAUUGAGAC